AUGCCUGCUUCCGUAACCGUAUUAUGUUAUGUGACGAGUUACCAAAAAAAAUUAGUUCCUAAUAAAAGUCUUUCAAUUGUCAAAGCUUUGGGUAUUGUAAGAUCCCAAAGUCUAGACUUUCCUUUGAACAUUAUUUUAACUGGAUUUUAUCACCAUGAUACUAUUCAAGAAUUAAAUUUACCUGAAUUUGAAGAUAAGGAUGUAGUGCUUGCUACUGAACAUUUUCGUAUCAUUGAAGGCACCAGCCAAAACGAUGAAAAAUAUUCUAUUUUAAAAAUUACUUUGAACGAUGUUGUUCGUUUUGAUACCCUUGAUUCUAACGAUUUAUCUGCAUUUCCGAUAUUAAUUAACAUGACGGCAUUGGUUCAAGAAGACCCAGAAAUCGAUAAUGAAGAUGUAGUCAUUAAUGUUUUGACUAAAAAUUAUGUCGACCAAGGUUAUAAUAGUCUUAAAUUAACAUGCUAUCAUCCUACUUCUGCGCAAUAUUUGACGAAUACGACAGCCGUUAUAAAGAAAGAUUCUGUGAUCUAUGUUAACGGGGAACUCAUGAUUACUGAUGAUGAUAACAUAAUUCAUAUACGAAAUGAAUCGAAAGAUCGGAAUAAUACAAAUCAGCAAAAUGCCUUUACUGUUGCUCAAACUAUAGCCACAAGAGUCAAAGGAAGCACCCGAUGUAAAAAAACUACACCUAACCCUAAACCAUAUCUUAAAACCAAUUCUUGCCCAAAAGUUACUGAUUUGGCGAAUAAUCUCUUAAACAAACCUUCAAAUUCAAACACACCUAAUCAAACUGUUACUGAAUAG